ACAUCCGCGAAUCUCCCAUCCUAGAAGACGACGACGACUUCGACCCCGUCCCGAAAAGCACGACAACCACCAUCGCUACCUCUGAGCAGAGCACGGAGUCCUGCGACACCAGCCCCGACAUCAUCUCUCCCACCAUGAGUCAGGAUUUCGAGGAUUUAUCCCAAGGCCGCUAUGAUUUACCGGCUGUGA